AUGGUGCCGGCUGGUGGACCUGUUGAGCCUGUCCUCAUCAAGUUUCAGACGUUGCUGGCCAAUGCACUUGCCAUGCUGCAGCUGGUUCAUUUGACUGUGGUGAAGCGUUUUCAUUUCAAAUUCAACGAAUUGGCCUUGGCAUCUCCAUAUGACAGUUCUUUGCGCUCUUGGCAGCUGACAAAGCUGUCUGGUCAGCAGUGGCCAGUGAGGCUGAAAGUGGUUCAACAUCCGGUGACACCCAAAAAGACUGACCCACCGGUUGCCCCCAAGAAGACUGGCAAUGCUCCACCGAUCAAGAAAGAUUCACCUCGCAAGAUUACGGCUGAGACGAAAGCAGCUCUUCAAGCCUGGCGUGAUACUAAUUAUGGUGGGUACCCCAUUUCAUCACAACAUGGUUCCAGCAUCACCUAUUCCACAUUCAGCUUCUGCAGACGCAUGUGCUUCAGCUCGUGA